AUAAAACAUUUCUUGGAUUUGUUGGCUGAAGUGGUUUGUGGGCGUUUUUGGAGAGUAAGGGGUAAGAGGGCCUUGGAGAGUAAUAUAGGUACUGUUGACAGUACAAAUCUCAAACAAGAUGGACCCACUCCUGGGGCCUGCUCGUUCAGAGAUGGACCAGCUGCCAUCAGAAUUGGCUGGCUCUGCCAGCUCCGGCGGCACUCAGGCGGCUGAUGGCAGUGCGCAGACUAUCCUGGACGCCUGGCUGCAGCAGCUGCAGGCAGAUCAGACUGAGGAGCCGGUGGUCGAGAGCCGGCUCGACAUCGAUAGCCUGUUCAGCAGCGAGCUCGAGUUCGAUCUUGACUUUCUCACCGAGCUGUCCAGUCUGAAAGGCGCCAGCAGCGGCGACGGCGGCGUCUCGCUGCAGGAGCUCUCGCAGGACCUGGAGCUGGGCUUCCUGUGCCCGCCAGACGCGCCGCUCGAGCCUGACCCUGUCGACCUGAGCGCCCUCGCUGGUGCCGAGCUGUUCGGGGAGCAGCCGCCAGCUCCAGCCGCCCAGCCGCAGCCGUCAGAAGCCGCUGCGGCACCGCCGGAGCCGCCCCGACCGCCUCCCGUGGCCUCCAUCUCAGUGGUGACCAACAAACAGCAGGGCAGGACGGUGAUCACCAUCAGCACACCCCGCGGCCGCCAGUCGUUCGUACUGCCCACUGCCGACCUCACGCAGGCAUCGCGAGUGCUGCGCGCCCUCCAGCAGAAGCGGCGGCGGAGUCGAGCCGCUGCUGCUGCCGCCGCUGCCGCUGCCACCACUCCUGUCCCUGAGAUUAAGACAGAGGGUGGUCUAGAAGAAGGCGAGGAGAAGUGUGCGACGCUGUCUCCAAAGGGCGCCAGGAAACGGUCAGCCGAGACGGCGCCCGGCAAGAGGAGGAAAUCACACUCAGAUUCGAAGGAUGCGGCUGAAGACGACCCUGUGAUGAGCGAGGCGAUGCGUCAUCUCGGCAUUGACCUGGCCGCCCUGGAGGCGAGUCGAGACGAAAAGACCAAGGCAAUGACGUGUCCGGAGCCCGGCUGUCAGGUGGCUACCGUGAACGUGUUCAAGCUCAAAGUCCACAUCUUGCAACACAGAAACUACAAACCCUACAAGUGCAAAGAAGAGGGCUGCAAAUGGGAGUUCUUUGAGCGAGGCAAGCUGAAUCGCCACGAGGCUACCCACACGCAGGCUUCUUUGAAGUGCGGUGAGCCUGGCUGCCCGGCGGUGUUCCGAACUCGCACUAACCUAAUGCGACAUCGACUGAGGAUACACGACCUGACCUCGCUCCCGCCGCCGCCGACACCCAACCCCGUCGCUGGCUUUACCGAUGAUGCCGAGCAUGACGAUCCACCCCCGUCGGUAGCUCUAUACAGGUGCCCCCACUGUGAGCGCGUGUUUAGAAUGGCUGCCGGGUUGAAGCGUCACCUGGAUUGGCACGAGAAGCAGUCGGAGAGCGCGUGUACGUACCCGGGCUGCGGGUUCACGGCGCCGGGACUGCAGCAGCUGCGGGCGCACGAGAGGCGUCACGCCGUCAAACAGUACCGAUGUACUCACCCGUCGUGUUCGUGGGCGUUCGAGUCUAACGCCAAGUUGAAGCGCCACCUGUCUCAGCACACGGGGCGGCGAAACUACCGCUGUCCUUAUGUGGGCUGUGAGAAGUCGUACCGACGAAUGGAGUACCUGAGCGGUCAUAUACGACUGCACCUCGGCCGAUACUACCAGUGCCCGCAGAAAGGCUGCCAGCUCCGGUUCACCCAGCAGUUCUCCCUGGCGACACACAUCCGCUCGGCGCACGACCUGACCGCUCUGGUGGCCGACUCUGCCUCGCCCGGCGCCGCGUUUGUAUCGUGCCCCAUGUGUGAGGCGCGCUUCAAGUCUGAAAUCUACCGGGAGAUUCAUUUGCAGGACGUGCACGGCACCUCCAGCUCCAAGCUCCUCCAACCCCAGUCCUCGACUAGGGAAGAGGACGAGGCGGAUAUAAGGAAGAAGAAGUCCAAGUUCAACCCGGAGAGUCUCAACUGGGUGGAUGAAGGCGAGCCGAUACGGGUAGACGGAGACCCAGACGCCGAACAGACCUACACCGUGUAUGUGCCGUUCGAGGUGGAAACCGACUCCGGACCCUCGGAGGUCCUCGUCAAGUGUGACGUCACAGAGGACGAGUGUCGCCGCCUGGGUAUUGAGCUGUCGUCAGAGACAGGCACAGGCACCGAUCAGUCGCCCGCCGCCUACGACCACGUCUUGGCAGAGACCAACACGGCCAAAGACACGGCCCGUGAGCUGCGCCGUAUGGGUGUGGGCGUGCUGUCAGCCGGCCUGCGGCGGACCGCCCAGUCGGGCUGCGCGCGGACCGAUAUCACCAGCUGCCACCUGACGGUCCGCCGGUCCCGACCCCGACCGCGCAGACCGCCCGCCGGCCGACAGCGCCGCCCUGGCGGCUACUCGCGGAUACUGGGCACGGUGGCAGAUCCGUCCGAGGCCUUUUCUCAGCCGUAUGAACCAGGUCUGCUGAGUGUUGAAACCGUGUUGGAGGAGGAGCCUUCUCUGCUUCUGUGUGACUCAGAUCUGCUAGGUUCGACCAUCAACCUGAGCGAUCUAACCUAACAAAUACUCUACCACCAUCGCAACCUCGCCUAGUGAAGACUUCAUCAUCUGCCUAAGCAAAUUUACCCAGCUCCCUGCCUGCGCCGCCACCGGUCGAUAUAACAGCUUCCGUCGGUCGAUUCUCUGACUCAGAUGAACGGCCAAUGCAUAAUUCGGUGGCUAGCUACUAGCAGCAGGGUCCAUUGGCACCCCAGUGCCAGGUGGAUCAGCCCUCCAACUGGAUGUUCCCUUGAGUACUGGCAGCUGUGGCGCGCUAGUCGCGUGGGCCAGCAUAUCCGUUGGAUGUAGAGAAAUCAAGUGGUAUUGGACUCCAUAUGAUGAUCGUCACUCGGUUAACUGUACGUGUAUUUUGUAGAAGAAAGUUUUAAGUUUUGUGAGGCGGCGCCGUGGAGGCCGUUCCAGGAACAAAGGGUAUCUCAUGUGAUAAGGGCAGGCUGGUUGAUUCCUUCCCUGGGCCUCGCUCGCCGGGCGACGGUGUCGCCCCUGGUGGCGGAAUCGGGAACCGAUGUCGGAGAUCUCGGUAUCCGGCCUACUGGGAUAUUGCCUCGCAAGAAGUGUACACAUAAUCGGCAUAUUCUAUCGUGUGAUUCACGAAUACCUGAUCUUUGAUAUGUGUUUGCUCGCUGUUAAAUAUAUGUGCAGCUGUAUUA